UAGUAGUACCACAAAACAAACAAUAUCUUCUAUUUUUCACAAGAAAAGCAAUUGAAACCAAAAUGGGUUUGCAAAUUUCUAUAGCAUUAUUUGCAGCAUUCUUGGCAAUGCUCCACCUUCCUCUCCCUGCUGAAGCCAAUACGAGGCACUACAACUUCAACAUCAUGAUGCAAAACGUGACACGAUUAUGCCACACGAGGAGCAUAGUCACGGUGAACGGGAAAUUCCCCGGGCCUCGGGUGGUGGCUAGGGAGGGCGACCGCCUCGUUAUCAAUGUGACCAACCUUGUUCCUAACAAUAUCACCAUCCAUUGGCAUGGGAUUAGGCAACUUCGAAGCGGUUGGGCCGAUGGGCCGGCGUAUAUAACCCAAUGUCCCAUUCAAACCGGGCAAAGCUAUGUCUACAAUUUCACAAUAGUCGGACAAAGGGGCACUCUUUGGUGGCACGCUCAUGCCUCUUGGCUUAGAUCCACCGUCUAUGGCCCUAUUAUCAUCCUUCCUAAAAAUAAUGUGGCCUAUCCUUUCCCCAAGCCAUACAAACAAAUUCCCAUCAUCUUUGGAGAAUGGUUCAAUACCGAUACCGAAGCUAUAAUUAGCCAAGCUCUUCAAACCGGCGGCGGCCCCAACGUCUCCGACGCCUACACCAUCAACGGACUUCCCGGCCCCUUGUACAACUGCUCCACCAAAGAUACAUUCAAGCUGAAGGUAAAGGCGGGAAAAACCUACCUCCUCCGCGUAAUCAACGCUGCGCUCAACGACGAGCUCUUCUUCAGCAUCGCCAACCACACGCUCACCGUCGCCGAUGUCGACGCUGUCUACGUCAAACCCUUCGAAACCGACACCAUUCUCAUCGCUCCCGGCCAGACCACCAACCUUCUCCUCCGCACCAAAGCCGCCGCUCCCACCGCUGCAUUCCUCAUGACCGCGAGGCCCUACGUCACCGGCUCCGGCACCUUUGACAACUCCACCGUCGCCGGAAUCCUUGAAUACGAAUCCACCCCUUCCACGAAGCACCUCCCCCUCUUCAAACCAACCCUGCCGCCGCUCAACGACACCGCCUUCGCCACCAACUUCUCCAGCCGCCUCCGCAGCCUCGCCACCCCACAGUUCCCGGCGAACGUGCCGCAGAGCGUGGACAGACGCUUCCUCUUCACGGUGGGAUUAGGCACGAAGCCGUGCGAUCAGAAUGCCACGUGUCAGGGCCCGAACGGCACGAAAUUCGCGGCGUCGGUUAGCAACAUAUCGUUCGUGCAGCCGACGACGGCGCUGCUGCAGGCCCACUUCACGGGGCGGUCGGGCGGCGUGUACGCGGCGGACUUCCCCUACAGCCCGCUGCGGUGGUUCAACUACACCGGCAGCCCGCCCAACAACACGAUGGUCGGGAAUGGAACGAAAUUGAUGGUGUUGCCGUUCAACACGAGCGUGGAGGUGGUGAUGCAGGAUACCAGCAUUUUAGGGGCGGAGAGCCACCCCCUCCACCUCCAUGGAUACAAUUUCUUCAUCGUCGGACAAGGCUUCGGCAACUACGACCCCAUUAACGACCCCAAACGGUUCAAUCUGGUCGACCCGGUCGAACGGAACACGGUCGGUGUGCCGCCCGGUGGAUGGGUUGCUAUUCGCUUCUUGGCCGAUAAUCCAGGUGUGUGGUUUAUGCAUUGUCACUUGGAAGUUCACACGAGCUGGGGAUUGAAGAUGGCAUGGCUUGUUUUGGACGGAAAGCUUCCCAAUCAAAAGCUGCUUCCUCCGCCUUCCGAUCUUCCUAAAUGUUGAUCAUCUUAACUUUUCAUCAUCCAUCGGAUCAUGCUAAAAAUGCCCUUUUCGAGUUUCUCUUUUUCUUUUUCUUUUCCAUUUUUUUUUUCUUUCGAUUAAAACUGAGGUGGCUGGUCUGUCCCAGUUUUGCAGAAUUGACUUGAUUUGUUUUCUUUUCUUGAGUUCAAAUUUGUACGACUCACUUGGUGGUCUCUUGUAACGUUACUUGAGUUCUAAUAAAGUGAUUUUUUUUCAUCUACAA